UGCUGAGAGACGCCUCACUGUGCCGUGUGGACCCGGACCGGACGCACCGUGUCCCUGUGGUGGAUUAAUACCUGAAGCGGCUCGCUGCUGGCUGGAGGAGGAUUUUCCUGCCGGUUCGGUCCCGUUUUGUGGAAAUACCCGGAGCUGUUGUGGAUUAAUGGGACUGUGUGUUCGGGCUGGGCUGAGACGGAGUCCGGCUUCCGUCUGUCUCGUGUUUCUGAGGAGCCGUGGACACAGAAAGGACAGCUGGUCGACUUCCUGCUGAGGAAACCUGGAAGAGUUCUCCCGUCUCGGUCUUCCCGUGCUGCCGGGAGGAUUGUGGGAGUUGUGUGAAACUUCACAGCCGAGCUGUGAAAUAUUGAUACUGAAAGUUUUGACACAAUAGUACAACUUCCUUUUCCUCCAGUACAUAAAAGAAUAAACCGAUGACAGAGAUCAGAAACGGCAGAGAGGAAGACUUCAGAUGGCAGCGAGUCUGUUAUGAUGGAUUUGAUUCAGCAGCAGUUGGGUUUCAUCUCUAUGAACAUCUGCCUGCAGAGACCUGAAACACACAGAUGCUGCGUCGGAGCCACAGACGUGACUGCCGUCCUUCAGCGCUGAUAUUUAUAAACAGAGGAGUUAAUCAGGGCUGGAGCAGCAUCUGGAGUCUGGCCUUCUUCUGCUCCUCCUGGACUGGACAUUUCUCCAACACUGAUUGGCUCUCCUGUGAAGCUGCUGGUGACUGGACAGUCUUGAAUUCAAGGACGUCUGAGGGGGUCCACCCCCGCCUCCUGACUUCCUGUUUACUUCCUGGAACGCAGUGAGCACUUCCUGCACCUGACUGGCCGAGGGCGUCGCCUGUUUUCAGAAUCCGACGCCCACCAUGACCUGCUGACAUCACCACACCCCGCCCCCUCCACCUCCUCUCUCUCAUUCCUACGAAAUGGCUCAGACCAGUUGGCUGUCACAGUGGCAGCCGCCGCCGCUGCUGCUGCUCAUCCUCACUUCCUGUUUCCUGUCUGAGUCGGCCUCGACCACGCCCUUCCCAAAAGACCUGGAGCCGAUCAACAUGGUCACCUCGGAGCGAGCUCACGUGUCCCUUUCACAGCCUACAGCGGCCAACGAGAGCCGGCGCUGUGAGGAAGGGCCGGCCCCCGUUAUUUCCCGGAAGCUGACGUGGCGGUCCAAAGACGUCAGCAAGUGUACAGUCAGAGGGAAGAACAGCGACGAGUGCUACAACUACGUGAAAGUGCUGGUGCCCAGAAACGACGAGACGCUGUUCGCCUGCGGAACCAACGCUUUCAACCCCACCUGCCGAAACUACAAGAUGACCACCCUGGAGCAGGUCGGGGAGGAGGUGGUCGGUCAGGCUCGUUGUCCCUUUGAGUCCGGUCAGUCUAACGUGGGACUAUUUGCUGGGGGAGAUUUCUACUCUGCAACAAUGAGCGAUUUCCUGGCCAGCGACGCCGUCAUCUACAGAAGCCUGGGAGACGGCCGACCCGUCCUCAGGACCGUCAAGUACGACUCCAAGUGGCUCAGAGAGCCUCACUUCCUGCACGCCAUCGACUACGGCAACUAUGUCUACUUCUUCCUCAGUGAGAUCGCAGUGGAGUACACCACCCUGGGCAAGGUGGUGUUUUCUCGAGUCGCCCGGGUUUGUAAGAACGAUAACGGAGGCUCUCCCAGAGUUCUGGAGAGAUACUGGACUUCCUUCCUCAAGGCUCGUCUGAACUGUUCGGUUCCCGGAGACUCGUUCUUCUACUUCGACGUGCUUCAGUCUCUCACCAACGUGCUGCAGAUCAACCAGAGACCGGCUGUGGUCGGAGUCUUCACCACCCAGGACAACAGUAUCCCCGGCUCAGCGGUUUGUGCUUUCUACAUGGACGACAUCGAGAAAGUCUUCAACGGGAAGUUCAAGGAGCAGCGGACCAGCGACUCGUCCUGGACUGCGGUAUCAGACGAGCUAGUUCCCAGACCGAGGCCCGGUACGUGUGCAGGUGACGGUCCGGCUGCGGACUACAAGUCAUCGGUCCAGUUCCCAGAUGAGAUGCUGACGUUUAUUAAGUCAUAUCCUCUGAUGGACGAAGCCGUUCCAUCCAUCAACGACCGGCCCUGCUUCACCAGGACCUCCAGCAGGUCCAAGCUGACUCAGAUAGUGGUGGAUGUUUCGGCUGGCCCCUACAAGGACCGGACGGUGAUGUUCCUGGGCUCGGACGACGGCAGAGUCCUGAAGGUUUUGGCCAGCACACAUCCCAACGACAGCUUCGGAUCGAAACUGCUGGAGGACAUCGACGUAUACAAUCCAUCCAAGUGUAACAUUCACAGACAGGAGGACAGGAGGGUUCUGGGAUUGGAGCUGGAUAAGGACCAUCAUGCCUUGUUCGUAGCCUUCAGCAGUUGUGUCGUCAGAGUGCCGCUCAGCCGCUGCACCCAACACGGAGCUUGUAAAAAAGCCUGCCUGGCCUCUCGUGACCCAUACUGCAUCUGGCUGCGGACGGGGAGUUGUGCCAACAUGGCGCCAGGUUUCAAGGCGGGGUUUGAACAGGAUAUCGAGGGCGACCACUCGCUUCAUCCAGACAGCUGCCACGCUGAUGUGUCGGCGACCACACGGAACCAGGAGUCUGCAGCCGACUCCCCCCACCGUGUUCGCCAUCUUCCGGAGAUGGACCAGCGCUCCGGUGCUAACGUCCACUACACCCUGCUGAUCGCCUGCGUGCUGGUGGCCUUCUUCCUGGGCGCCAUCUUGUCCGGGUUCCUGGUGUCGUGUUACUGCAGCCGCAGCGCCGCUCAGCGGGCGAGGAGGCUCGGGAAGGACCCCGAGGCGUCGCUGCCGCACGCCUUAUCGCUGCGAUCCCUCGCCAAGCUCAACGGACUGCUGGACGGACAGCCGAAGGAGGACAAACUGGACGUGUCCAGCCCCAAGAUGUACAGCUCCUUCAUCCCCAACGGCCGGUCAGAGUCUCACCUCCACACCCCCGGACACCAGGGCCUGCCGCUGGGAGACCCCGACCUCAGCCUCUCCCAGGGUGACGGAGAGCUGUCGGGCCUGCCCACGCCUGACUCCACCCCGGAGCUUCCCAUCAAGAACAUCAAGGCCCUGCGGCACCAUCAGUACGAGAAGAACCAGAACUGCAACAACGCCAAAGACAACCCCCCCCAGUCUGGGCCCAGCUGCUCCGGAUCCAGUCUAGGUUUCAUGGCCGUCGUUGGGAACUCUUUGACGCAGCAGGUGUUUCCCUUCUCUCAUCACCACAGCAGCAGUUUCAGCAACGGCUCGGCCCACGGAGCGGGCGCUUCCUCUACUUCACUGCACCUCCCAGAGGAGAGGAAGCUGUCGAAUGACGAGCGAGCGACGGCAUCGGCGGCGGGAGGCGGCGGGGGGGUCCCUCUUCACCACCACUCCCAGCAGUCCCUGCCCCAGACGGUGGUGGACGUGUCGGCGCUGGACGAGCUGCUGAAACACAUCCAUGAGGUCAGCGCGUCGGGGACCGGAGGCAUCAAGGUCCUCACCUCCACGUCCUCGUCCUCGCUGUUCCCCGGGCCCUCCUCUGGAGGACAGCAUCAUAAUCACCACCAUCAUCAUCAUACCCACCACGGCCAGACCCGCACCCACCAUUACAACCACAGCCAUCACCAUAGCAACCAUCACAACAGUAGCGGCGGCGGCGGCGGCGGCCACCAUCACCAGCAGCAGAUCCCCGAGACAGAAUCGGCUUCGUAUUACAGCACCUCCACGCUGCCGCGGGACGGCCUCCCGAAACGCCUGGACGCAGCUACUCAAAACUCCACCUCAUCCUCCGCUUCCUCCUCAUCCUCCAACAACCCCACCUGCUCCACCUCCGUCCCGUCUUCGUCCUCCUCCUCCUCCUCCACGCCGCUCCAGCAGCAGGUGAUUCCAGAGAGACCCGGAGGAAGCGCCACCUCUGUGACACGACACCACUCCCAGCGCCACUCCCUCAUCAAGAUGGGCAGUGGGGGCGGCGCAGUGCCGCGCCACCACAGCUUCAACCAGCGGGGGGCGCAGCACGCGCACUUCCUAGCCAGGAUGAACACCAACAGCAGCAGCAACGGCCCCCCCGGCGCGAGUGGGACAGCUAACGUCAAUACGAACGGCGAGAGCCAGCGGCCGCUGAUCGGCAGCGCUUGCCUGACGCGACAGCACAGUUACAGCGAAGGACCGCAUGCGCAGCGGGCGGCAAUCGUCCGGAGAACGGCGUCCCUCAAACCCCAAGUCCCGCCGAAGCCGCUGUUCCUUCCGAACACAGCGACAUCACCGGUGGCAGAGGCGGGAAAAUACAACUACUGAGAGGAGGUGGCGCCAAUCCAACAUGGCUGCUACGGUCCUCACCAAGUAAAGCACUCGGAAACGUCUGCGGGGCGUGUGAGAAAUGACAAAAUGAGAGCGCUGAUGGGACCAAAAGAGGCGUUUUGUCCCCGUCACUCCUCGUUACGACCCUUCAGCUGUGGUUCUUUUCCUGCUGCUGAGAGGACGCCGCCCGCCGCCUCUCUGAGUCACGACCGCUGCAUUGUUGCUGCUUCGCUCGCAGAGCAGAGCCCUGAAAAGAGCCAGACAGACAAAUAAACAAGAUCUCUGACUCAUUUCGCGGCGAAGGCUCAGGGCCGCUCGUGGUCUCCCCUCACGACGAUCGAAUCCGGCUCAGACGAGUCUGAGAAACAUUCCAAAAGCGGGACGAAAGAUGUUAAUGAUUCAAAAGUUGUCCCCAAGGCUCGAGGUGGCCUGAAAAAUCUUGAUUAAUGCAGUUUUCUUAUGAGCGCUUUGAUCUAAUGUCCCGGUUGUUGCACCUUGGCACAGGGCCCAGAUUUCAUUUGCAAAGACUCAAAUAAAAGCAGGAAUCGGACUGCUGCAAAGCUGACGUGAACUGAAUCCUCUGGGAAUUCUUUCCACAGGAGAAAUCUAACAAAAAUCACAAAGGUCCAGAGGGUAAUUCCUCUCCGUUUGAAGUCUGUUUGUCCCUCUGAAUCUGGUCCGGGAAAUUGAAAUUUCCAGGAGGGAGCUCAGAGUCCAAAGGGAGAAAAAAAAAACCCACAAUGAGGUUUUUGUUAUCGCGUCCAACGCUUCACGAUGACAGGACAUUCAAGAGAUGGAGAUUUUUGUACACUGACACAUCAAAGCGAGCGAGGAGAGAGACAGUUCUGCUCCAUGAGCUGUGGUAUGAAAUCAGAGCAGCCGUUAGUGACACCCUGACAGCACGUUCUUUUCUUUUUUAUACCAUAUUGGUAUCUGAAAACAAACAAAGCAUCAACAGAGCGGGACUGUUAAUCCCACAAAUUAGAAAUCCAUGCACUCAUUACACUUAAUACUCAUUUGUGUGUUCAAAUUACUUAAUUGAGUCUCUUGAAUAAAUAAUUGCACCUCAGAUGACUUAAUUUACCCUCCCUUCCAUGUUUUGCAUCCGUCUUUAUCUGUGAAGAGCUCUAAACUCUCAGAGCUGCAUAGAAUUUAUGAACCCACGUCUGCAGGAUUUAUAAAACAUGUUUAGCUGGAUGUCAAAGAGCAAAUUAAAACCGUAUUGAAUCCACGAGGUCCGCAGUUUCUUUUAGGUGUUAAUUGAGAAAUUCGAGGGGAUUGUUUAUCAAAAAUAUUACAUAUUAUAACAGAAGGAACAGCUCACAGAGCGGAAAGAACCCUUUCUCACGACGUUCACGGACGUCUCGGCCUCCAGGUGACGCAGGACUCAUUCGAUUCUGUUGUUUACACUGAACAUUUCUGCAGAAGCAGAGAAAGAAAGAAAAGAGAAAAUAAGCAAUAAAAGUUUCCAGAGCAGCAACCAGCCUAGAGCUAAAAAUGACCUGUAUGUCUAAGGCCCCGCCCACACUACUGCGUUCUGGUAGAGAGGCCUUUUGCUACGUUUGCACCUCCCGUCCAGACUGAAACGGCAAAAACUGAGAAGUUUGGAAACGCUGCCGACCCCGUUUUUGCUUUUUAAAACUUCGGGGAAGUGUUUUAGUGAAGACUUUGGAAACGAUGACGCUCACGCUCGGAUUCGGUCUCGUGAGUCAUGCAAAGAAACACGAUGCUAAACUUUACUAAAAUAUUUAGUACUUUGUGACGACUCCCAGUCUGUUUCCCGCCGCCGCCGCUUUAAACUCCCGUGUUUCAUUCAGUCCCCGCUCGUUAUCGGUCCACGCUAAAUAAAAUCUGCUGUGCUUCUUCGUCUGUAGUACUUUAUUCUUUUGCCAAAUCUUCUGUAACUAAAGAACAGCUGCUUCAUGUUUACACCGGCAGGCGCACGCCCAGUGUUCCUGAACGGCCACCAGAUGUGCGUUUUCAGUCGCUUAUAGACGGAGAUCAACUCUGAUACGCAGCUAAAACGGUGGACAGUUCACUGGUUCCAUCAGUGUUACUGAGCGUGUUGUCGUUUAUAACCGUACUAAGGUUAGUGUUGUUAGAGCACAUUGCACGCGCUCAGUGGGGGACACGAUCUGGUGGCAUCUCGCCGUGCAGACGUGCGUCUCAGAUUCAGCGGAGGUGAACGGAACAGAGUUUGUGACAGCUUAGAAAAAUGACAUUUGUCCCAGCUUCCCCGGAUAAACCACAGAGCACACAGGCGGCAGACUUUAGAGGGACGGUGUCUUCGGUAGGAAGGGAUCUGAAUGAAAACACUUUCAGGGAUUAUUAUGCUGGAACGCCGUCGCUUAAAUACCACAAGGGACGAGUGUGAACAAAUCCUGGGUAUUUCUGGUAUUUCUGUGGUCGUUUGGGGGAACGUUUCGAAGCCGUCUGUGGGAGUGUUUCUUCACAGAUGGUCUAAAAAUACCCAACUGGGAAGGGAAUGUGCUGUUUCCUGUUUCCCUGCCUGCACUUUUUUAUCCUGUCUGUUCUGUUCGGGCUCCGGACCUGAUGAGAGGCAAACCAAACAACUGCGGGGGGUCAAAGGUUAACAGGCGGCGGCUUGAGGCAGCGGGGACGAGCAAUAAAAGUGUGCGAUCGAGACAAAACACCUGUAAAUAAAAGAGUGAGCCGGGUGGAACUAAAUCAUUCAAACAGCUGACGGAGCAGGUUUGGUAAAGUCUGAUAAAUGAACGGGAUCAUUUUUAGAUUUGGAAAAGUUUGGACUGCAAAAAAAAAAAAAAAGGUCUGGAAAGUUUUCAGAAACUGUAGAGACACUCGAGCCCGGAGAUCAUCUCACAGGUGUUUUUUACUUUACUUCCUCUUCACUGCAAAACAAUAAAUAAUGAUUAAAACUCAGAGGUCCUAACUGUUAAAAACAGCGGCUGACUGCUCACGACUGCCCGGCCACGACACACACAUGCACGCUUGGGAGAUUACUGUUGUUUAAUUAAGACAAAAACCACUAAACGUCCUGUUUUUAGACACGUAUGCAAGAACAACGCCAACAAAGAGCACUGCAGCUGCAAAGCUGUCAGUAUUCCUGAAGUUAUCAGCACAUCCCUCAGCUAGACAUUGUGCUAAAACCAGAAUCCAAAUUAACUGAAUUUGAUCGUACCUGCAGCUGCGUUUGGACUAAAAAAGGUGAUUAAUUAUCUGGAGGCAGAUUACAGUAGUCCAUCUAAAAUCUGACUGGAAAAAAUAACCCAACUCAGGGUCCACUUACUCGCCGUUUGCAGAGCUUUCAACUUUGUCCAACGGUCCUCCUCAGCGAGUCACGUGAAAACACAUGGUUGUAUUUUGUGGCGGCGAUCCAAACCUGGUCCUCUCCAUCUGCUGAGGAAGACCAUGAGAUGUGGUUAAAAGCCAGUAAAUGGACUUCUAUUUUCUAAGACUGAGGUUUGGCGCUAAAGGACGCCUGCUGUCCAAUCAGUGUCCGUCAUGUUGAAACAGAAGCAUUAGCUGCAGGUGAUGCGGCUUUCCAGACAGAAACCAAUAAACAGCCGAUGUCAGUUAUUAAACUUUUCUGGAUCCCAGCUGCAGGUGAACCAGAUGAACAUCCAGCAGCCGGUUUUAGUUUCAUGUGACUGGCUCAGCUGGCCGGACUCGCUCUCCCAGCGCACAUUAAGCAAUAACGAAGCCACGGCGGCGAUGCUGGUUGGACAAGGAGAGUUGGUCAAGCAUCCCCGCCUGCGGGAGACGAGGCGAGCAGGCUCCGCACCAAAUGAUGCAACUUUGAGUCCGCCAGCACCAGAGAUGUGUAAAAGUCACGCUGCAUCGGGCGUUUUGUUCAGCAGCAGUUUGAUAUUGAUUUCUGCUUCAUGUAAAAGGGGGGAUUUGUGUCACGGCGGAGGUUACAUCAUUCUCUCUCGUCCGACUGCGACUGUGUGAUAGUUAUCAGAGAUUAGUGCUGCUCUGGUCACCGGGAAGAAGCUGCCUGCGUCAAUCGAAGUCUAAAUUAAUCAGAACAGCAAAUCUGAUCUUCAGCUCGGCAGCAGACGGGGUGGUUUCUAAGGUCGGUUCUGUGCCGCAAAGUGAGGCACGAGUCUGCUCUUUGAGUGCAAUUUAAAGGAAGACACUUCGGACCUUUUACCCCUUUAAAUACAAGUUGCAUAUACUUGUACAUUACUGCUGAACAGUUUUUCAAAACAAAAGGUUUUUAAAUUCUUAAAUAAAUAAGUUUGUUUCUAUGGAAGUCAAGAUGCAGAGACUUAAAACAUGAACACAUGAAACUCUCAUUUCUGUGAGUGGCUCUGCAGUUGGUGAAAGCAAAAACAGAUUCCUGAUGAUUUUAACUUUUAUUUUGUUUCCGUAUUUUGAUAAAUAACAUAAACUGAAGUGACAGAAGGCUGAGAGAAAAAUUAGCAUGUGGACCUUUGAAUUAACGAUAAGUACUAAAACGUUAAAUAUUCUGAUUGAACUGACAGAAAAUGAACUAUCAGUACUUUUGAUGGUUGAUUCAUCAUGUAAGUCAUUUUAAAAGCUGACACGUUUCCAGCUCCUCUAACGUACGAGGCUGCUGCUUUUCUCUGUAUUAACUGAAUCUGUUUUUGGGUUUGGACAAUAAAACGCCUCUAUAUAUUUGAUGAGCAUGUUUCACAUCUGUUUGCAGCCUAAAACAUACUGAAUCCACAAAAGAUACACAUUCAAAUCCCGAUUUAGAGAACAGUACGGCUGCGUAUCAAACUGCAGUACUUUUUAAUUUUUUUUUGUCCACAAAUCGUCUAAAUACUAAAUAUUGGCAUUGAAUGUCUGGUCAAAUCUGUAAACUACUUGGAUUUUUCUUCCUUCAGGUAGUUCCUGAUUCAAAUUUGCCACUUUUAUACUGUGUUUUGUUCAGAAAAAGUUCUUCUACGACUAUUUAGACGACAUUUAACAUUUGAGAGUUUCUUUGGUUGAAUGAAAAGGGUUUGGUGAUAUCACUUUGGUAUCAGUACAGAAACUCUGGUGUCCAAUAACUAAAGAUUUCAAAUGAGACCCAGCGAUUUACGUUAAAGCAACUUAAAUAAAUAAAGUACCUGGAUGGUCCUUUAAAUCCAGCAGGAUUGUUGUCAGGCUGCAGAUACAGACGGCCAGGCUUUUCUCAGAAGCUACAAUGGAGAGAGGGCAUGAGAAGAAACAUCAGGUCAGUAUUUUUCACUAGAACUCAUCUUUUAUAAAUAUUUUACACUGAAAUCCCAGUGUGGUCAGGUCCUAAAAGACGACUGGUCUGCACUCACACAGUCAGAGCAACAGAAAUCUCCAUCUGUUAUGAAUAGAAACUGUCAAAGGGGUGUUUUUUUAAAAAGCUGCUGUUCCUUUACGGUCUGACUCUUCAUUGGUCCUUUAGGAAUGUUUUCACUGGGUGCUACAACGGGGACGCUACGGAAAAUAAACUCACGGCUGGUUUUAUAAAAAGGCUUUUUGUAUGAGGAUGCACUUGUAACCUUGGAAAUACGUUUGUUUAUUCAUUUCGUGGUUCUGGUUUCCCGUCCUCUAAACGUGAUUCUGCCGGAGAGACUGGGGGCAGAGACACUGUGACAUCACUGAUGAUGGACUCACAGCGCCACCCGGUGGGCCACACCAGAACAACAAUGUAAUAAUGUCAAAAGCUAUUAUGUUACCUUACUGCUAUUAAUUACCAAUGUGGAUGACUGUGUAAAUAAAAGCUACUGCGGAAUA